GCCAGAUUCUGCAUCUCCUGCUGAUGAUAGCUUUGUUGACCCGGGGGAACGUCUCUAUGACCUCAACAUGCCUGCUUAUGUGAAAUUUAACUACAUGGCUGAGAGAGAGGAUGAACUAUCACUGAUAAAAGGGACAAAGGAUCGGCAGAAAAAGCUAAUCAGUACCCAGCCUGAAUGACCUCAGAGGGAGACUGAGAAGAGUGAGAACAUAACCCUGCCUGCUCACUGGCUUCUAGGAAGCAUCAGGGUCCCCCCAAGACAGAAUCUGUGCUCCAGGUAUCUCUUCCAGGCAGGUUCUCAGGCUCCCCAGCAUUUCUCUGGAACUAUCUGGGGCCACUCCCUGGGUUUAUGCCUGGCUGGAGGAGGGUGCAGCAGAGCCCGCCCCUUGUGAGCUGUCUGGGCCAGCUCCCCUUGCCAGAACAACGAAGGUUUCCUGGAACUCAGACCUCAGCUUCAACAUCUGCAUUCUGAAGCAAGAUGGCUGAGACGGACAGAACACUUCAUCCUGGAAGAGAGCAGUGUUCCGGAUCAAACUGAAUCUGCUAAACAGACUCACAAUGGUUCUGGAAGACAUUUGCACAAGUCUUGUCCUGUGGUUCUUCGCUCUGAUUCCAUGUUUGCUCACAGAUGGAGUGGCCAUUCUGCCUGCCCCUUCGAACCUCUCAGUACACUCAGCCAACAUGAAGCAUCUCUUGGUGUGGAGCCCAGUGGCCUUGCCUGGAGAAACAGUGUACUAUUCUGUCCAGUACCAGGGGGAGUACGAGAGCCUGUACAGGAGCCACGUGUGGAUCCCCAGCAGCUUGUGCUCGCUCACUGAAAGGCCUCAGUGCGACGUGAGCGACGACAUCACCGCCACAGUGCCGUACAACCUCCGUGUCAGGGCCACGCUGGGCUCACGGACCUCAGCCUGGAGCACCCUGAAGCAGCCCUUCAAUCGAAACUCAACGGUCCUCACGCCCCCUGUGGUGGCGAUCUCCAAGGAUGGCUUUCACCUGGUGAUCGAGCUGGAAGACCUGGGGCCGCACUUUGAGUUCCUCGUGGCCUACUGGAGGAGGGAGCCUGGCGCCAAGGAACACCUCAAAGUGCUCCGGAAUGAGGGUGUCCCGGUGCACCUGGCCACCAUGGAGCCUGGGGCCGCGUACUGUGUGAAGGCGCAGACAUUUGUGAAGGCCAUCCAGAGGCACAGCGCCUUCAGCCAGCCAGAAUGCGUCGAGGUGCGAGGAGAGGCUCUCCCGCUGGCGCUCGCCCUGUUUGCAUUCGUGGGCUUCAUGCUGAUCCUUGCGGUGGUGCCGCUGUCCGUCUGGAAAAUGGGCCAGCUGCUCCAGUAUUCCUGCUGCCCUGCGGUGGUCCUCCCGGACACCUUGAUAACCAGUUCAGCCCAGAAGUUGAUCACGUGCAGAAGGGACGAUGAGGACGCCUGCGCCACGGCUGUGCUGUCUGCCGAGGAGCUCUGCGGGGUGUGGCUGUAGCAGGCGUGGGCAGGGCCGGGGGAGCCUGAGAGCCUGGGCGGCACCACACGGGAGCCGUGGAGGGAGGCUGUUCUUUUGGUUUCCUCCACGGAUGAUGGACAGGGAAGCCUGCUGUGUCCACAUCUCAGAAGCAACUAUGGGGUGGACUGGCUUGAUGGAUAAAGCACUGGCUGGGGGCUCGGAGAGUGACUGGCGUUGCUGUUCCCAGCAGAGUAACCCUGGGGAUGGCCCCCAAAUGGCCCAUUUUCUCACCUGUAAUGAGGGGAUUAGCUGCCUGCCUCUCAAACACACACAUUCUCUCUUGUGGGUAUAUAAAAAUCUCCCCAGACUCCAGGAACCCGGUGACCCUGCCUCCCUCUGGCGAUAGGUUCUGCUUUCCUGGAGAGCAGGAUACAGAUGUGGAAUAAGAGCAAGGACCCCAUGCCCCGUGCACUUGGAGGUCACACUGUCCUUGAAGAGGAGAGGAAGGAUGGGUGCAGGGUGACUGGCUCAGCCAGUGACAGUGGGUGACCCAGAGGGUGGCUUCAGCCCCACUGACCGAGGACCCACAUAAGCACUGGGGGCCCACGGAAUACUGCAAAGUGCAGACAGCGUGUGCAUGCUGGGGGCUGCAGGUGGGCGUGUGUGUAUUUGAGAAGAGGGCGCAAGGAUGUGGAUAAGUGUGGUGUUUGCUGUGUUCCUCUGUCCUCUAGAGCUGCUACGAUGCAGAAGGAAAAAUAAAAGGGGGUUGCCCUAGGCCGUCUGUUCGGUUCCUACCGAAAGUGGUCUUUAGAGUUCUAGUCGCAUUGUCAGCUUGAGUGCAGGGAGGCUGGCAAGGUUUCCUUGGGAUAGGAGUGGGGGUACGCCCAGGAAGAGUGGGGGGUACGCCCAGGAAGAGCUAGGAGUGGGGGAAGGCCCAGGCAGAGCCGUCUGUCCUCUGCUCACAGACUCUGGGAGUCCACAGCCAGGGCUGCCUCGGGUGGUGCAGCCUCCAGCUGCAGGAGAAGCUGGCAGAGGUGGCUGGCAAAGGCUUCCCCUGGUCCGGUCCUCCUGGGCACAUCCUGGAGGUCCUGUGGGAACCCUCAUUUCCCUGAGGCAGCGUGCGUGGGGGAUCCCCAGCCGUCUCAGUCUGUUCCUGUGGGACCCGCCUCUGGAUGCCCUCUCCCUCGCCUCUGUGCUGCCAGGUGAGCCAAGGCCAGAGAGGGGAGGGAGGGAGGGAGGGAGGGAGGGAGUUUCCUGAAGGGUGAAGGGAUUGAUGAGCAAGCCCUAUGGCUCCACAUUUUAGCCUCUACCUCCCCCAGGUCGGGGGCUCUAAGUUGGUUCAUCUCAACCCCCACUUCUUAGGCCCCUUCCAGCCAGCUGGGGUGGAGAAGGUCUAACCGCUUCAGCCAGGUGUUUCCCUUCUACAAGACAGAGGCCCAACCCCAGCCCCACCUGGUGGGGUCUCCAAGAGACAAGAGGGUGGGCUGUGCCCCGGGCUACGAAGAUUCCUUUGGAGCAUUUUGUAUGCUAUUGUGUUGUUUGUUACAAAGUGUGUGUUAAUUUUACAUUUGGCCUACACUGGAAAAUGUUCAGUUUUCAAAAAUAAAGUGUACUUUUACAUGG